ACUGGCUGGCCUCUUUUCAUCACUGUCGUUGCAUUCACUCCUGGCCUCGAACUUCGUGGGUUCGCGUCCAGCCGCUUGCUCGAGUCCACCGAAUCGGCCAGACCAAGUCUCAGCAACCGAGCCCUAAUUCGCUACACCCUCUCCACCAUCACUCGUUGGGGCUCAACAACAGACGUCAGAGUCUCAGUCGGCCAGACGACCGAGCAACUCGUCGUCGAACACAUUGUGCAGGAAAAAGGCAUUAAUGGCUUGUGUGUGUGUGUUCCCUUAGAAGAGUUACAAGCGCUUGAGACGACUAGACCGAAGACGAAGACGAAGAGGGUAGAGCGAGUUGAUAGAAUUCCGGCUCACUACCCGCACAGCCAUAGAUCAAUCUAUACAACUAAUCAACCCUAUCUCCGUCUUCCUCGGUACAGCCACAAUCCUGCGGUCGAAGCAUGGCCAGGGGGGUGGGGGGUGGUGGUGACACAAAGUGGUGGCGAAGCUUAUGAACAUGUGAAGAAGAACUCUUCCACUGCGCCUGGUAUGGCGUCUGUUGGUCCGGCCUGCCUGCGCGACAUGCGACAUGCGACACACUCAUUUCGAGACGCACACACCCGCUCGAAAGCAGCACAACUCUGGAAUGUGGAGCAGCAAAGCGUUGCUGCCGUCUCCAGACCGUCUCCAAGUAACCUGAUACAAGCCGCACUUGUGCACCAUCACACCAUCAGGCGUGAAGCUGUGCCAGUGCGAGAUGCACACGUGUGUCUUUUGUGUUGUCCGUUUGCAGGCAUGCGUGUGCAUGUGCAGUCCGGUGCAUGUGUUUGUCUGUUGGAUGUUGUGCAGAGGCAUCGGAGCAUCGAUGGACGAAAACCGGUUUGCUCAUGCACCAAAUUUUGGCACAGGCCCACAGUUCAGGUAUCCGACUCCGUCUCGACAUGCCUGCAACAAUCUCUUCUCCGCAAAUUGCACAUCUUCUCCACUCCAAAGUCAUCAGCUUUUCAUUCUGGCACUGCCGCCACUUUGAAAGUGAGACAUUUGGAUGCAGCAUUGCCGACUCUUUGGCUGAUGCGCCACCUCAACCGAACAUGCCCCACAAACUGCUUCACACUUUGCCGACUGAUUACUUUGCACUUUUACCCCUUUCCUACCUUUGCUCACUUUCCCAUCAACUCUCUCAGUUACUUUCUUUCUCGUCUCUUGUAUCAUUACGCCUUGAUCUUCUUCUUCUUCUUCUUUACUUCCUUCCUCACUUCCUCCUCCCGCUUCUUCGUAAGCAUAGUUUCUGCUGUCGGCAUUCGAUUUACCCGAUUGAGACAUUUCAAGAAUCAGCCGAGACUUUGGGCCAACUAUGUCGUCAACUCGACAAUCAGUGGCGUCGGCAGCCUCGGCCACAAGCAUCAGCUCAGCUGGGCUGCCGCCAAGGCAACAGCAGCCAGUUCAGGAAGCCAUCGCCAGCUUGUACAGCUGGGUCUGGGCUACUCGAUGCGUGCUCCCGAGUUGCCGAUUGGUGGUUGGUGGUUGGUGAGGGGUGGUGAGCGGUUUGUUGUCGGUGCUUUUUUGGGUGGUUUGUAUUUGGGCAUUGGUGAUCAGAAUGGGCCGACGGUCAUUACAAAAGGUGCUGUAAAUAAGGACCGGCACUGA